CGCAGUCCGGGCGAAGGAGGCGGCGGGGCGGCGGGGCGCGCCCGGAGCCCCUCGGCGGGAGCGCGGCUCGCCGCGGCGCAGUCUUGGUAAUGUGAAGGACAAAUUGCUGUUUCACUGGAAUUAACUCCAAGCUGAUUCCACACUGCAAAUGGACAGUUUGUCAAAGAUGAGGCUAGACAGAGCAACUUCUUCCUAUCUCAGCUAUGGAAGGCCAGCCCUGUGCUAACUUGGAGAUUUCUGGGGUAAAACCUUCAGCGGCAAGUCCUCCAUCCUGCAUUGCUUUGCUGAAAGUACACCGAGAACUUCUGGUCGGUAAAAUCCGAAACGCGCAGUGUUUGAUUGACAACUUGGUUAAGAAUGACUACUUCUCCACUGAAGAUGCCGAGAUCGUUGUGCAGUUUCCAACUCAAGCAGAUAAGGUUCGCAAAAUUCUAGACUUGGUUCAAAGCAAGGGAGAAGAAGUUUCAGAAUAUUUCAUCUAUGUCCUGCAGAAAGUCACCGAUGCUUACUAUGAACUUCAGCCUUGGUUGGAUGAAAUAGGUUACCAGCCUUCAGAGAAUAUUCAUAGUAAACCUGUGGAAAAUACAGAUCCAGUUAGCAGGUAUUGUCAGAAGCUCAGAUAUGAACUGGGACGGGACUCGAAGUUUGUUAUGUCGUAUGGACAGAGGGAAGAGAUGCUACUUGAUGAAAUCUACUCUAAUAAUAUUAUGGAGCUGGUCAGUUUUACCAAUGAGAGUCUAGGCAACGUGUCUCAAUUAGAAGCCCUUUUUGAUGAUACAAUUGGGCUAAUUAAUGAAGAUGGAGAAACCAUUUAUGUCUUCGGUGAUGCAGGAAUUGGAAAAUCCAUCUUAACGCAAAAGAUACAAAGCCUUUGGGCCAGACAAGAGUUGGAUAUAGGGACGAAAUUUUUUUUCCGUUUCCGAUGCAGGAUGUUUAGCUGCUUUAAAGAGAAUGAGGCCAUAUGUUUGAAAGACCUGUUGUUCAAAUAUAACUGCUACCCAGACCAGGACCCCACAGAGGUGUUCCGUCACAUCUUGCAGUUCCCUCAUACAGUUCUGUUCACAUUUGAUGGCUUUGAUGAGAUCCAUUCAAACUUUGAUCUCAGUAGCAUUCCCGAGAUGUGCUCACCCAACGAACCGACCCACCCUCUGGUGCUGCUGGUAAGCCUGCUCAGGGGAAAGCUGCUUAAGGGAUCCAGGAAAAUUCUGACAGCGAGAACAGGAACUGAGAUCCAAAGAAACAUUAUUAGAAAGAAAGUGUUGCUCCGCGGAUUCUCCAGCAGUAACCUGAAGGAAUACACUGCCAUGUUUUUCAAAGAUGAGGGGCAACGAACGCUGGUGUUGAACCAGCUGGAAGCUAACCCCAAUCUCUGCAGUUUGUGCUCAGUGCCUUUAUUUUGUUGGAUUAUCUUCAAAUGCUAUGAACACUCCCAUUCCAUGUUUGACAGCCAUGAACUUCCAGACUGUUCUGUUACAUUGACGGAUGUAUUUUUGGUCAUGAUUGAAGUCCAUCUGAACCGAUCUGUGAAAAUGAGUUUGCUGAAGAACAACACCAGGAGCCAAGCAGAGACAUUCAAAUCAAGAAAGGACGCUCUUCUGGCGUUGGGUGAGAUUGCAUACAAAGGGAUGGAGAACUCUUUGUUCAUCUUCGAGCAGGAGGCGGUCUCAUCUGCGAACAUCCCUGAAGAGGAUUUGCAAUUGGGCUUUCUCAGAACAGUUCAAGGUUAUAGUGGCUGUGAAGAUCAGGCCACUUACGAGUUCUUGCACUUAACCCUUCAGUCUUUUUUCACAGCUUUGUUCCUGAUUAUUGAAGAGAAAGUGGGUACCAAGCAGUUGCUUAAGUUUUUCAACGAAUGCUCUUCCACUGAGACUGCACAGCCUGCUUGCCUUCGUAUUCCUUGGCUGAGAAAAAAAAUGGCCGGGGAGGAUCCUUUCCGAAAUAAUGAACAUUUUCACUUUACCAACCUUUUUGUUUGUGGCCUGCUUUCUAGAUCCAAGCAGAAGCUCCUCAGACAUUUAGUUCUGCCUGCAGUCAUUAAGAGGAAGAGAAAGGUGCUUCUCACAUACCUUGGGGAGAGCAUGAAAUCCCACCUGAAAGGCAUAGCCCGGUCCAGGCUUCCAAACUACAAUCAGCUUCAGGUGCAGCCCAACUUUGUCUGGAUGCUGCGUUACCUUUAUGAGACGCAAAGCGAGAAAGUGGGCAAGUUGGCUGCCAGACACAUGCAUGCCAAUUACCUCAAACUCACGUACUGCAAUGCCUACUCCGCUGACUGCAGUGCUAUUUCUUUUGUUUUGCAUCACUUUCGAAAGCGCCUGGCUCUGGAUUUGGACAACAACAACAUCAAUGACUACGGAGUAAAGCAGCUGCUACCCUGUUUCAGCACGCUCGCAGUGAUCAGGCUCAGUGUAAAUCAAAUCACAGAUUCUGGAGUAAGGAUCCUGUACGAAGAACUCUCCAAAUACAAAAUUUUGACCUUCUUGGGCUUAUACAACAAUCAGAUCACUGAUGUUGGAGCCAAAUACGUUGCAAAGCUAAUUGAAGAAUGUUCGAGCCUUGAAUAUGUUAAAAUAGGAGCAAACAAAAUAACCAGUGAAGGAGGGAAGUGCCUUGCCCAGGCCAUACAGAAGAGCAAGAACAUGUUUGAAAUUGGGAUGUGGGGUAACCGGGUCGGAGACGAGGGAGCAAAGGCGUUUGCGGAGGCGCUGAGGAACCACCCCAGGUUAACGAACGUGAGUCUCGCAUUCAAUGGCAUCACAACAGAGGGGGGCAGAAGCAUUGCUGAAGCUAUGCAGCACAACAACUCCGUGAAAAUAUUCUGGUUGACGAAAAAUGACUUGGAUGAUGAGGCAGCAAUGAGUUUUGCAGAGAUGCUGAAGGUCAACAAGAAACUGGUGCAUUUAUGGCUUAUCCAGAAUCAAAUUACAGCCAGAGGGGUGAAGUACCUCUGCGAAGCUCUCAAGGAGAACACAGCCAUUAAAGAAGUCUGUUUGAAUGGGAACCCAAUAAGCCAAGAAGAGGCCAAAGCCUUUGAAAAUGAAGCCCGGAUCAUUUGCUUUUGAACAAGGACUUUUCCAUUUUGACAGGCUUUGUGUUACAAAGGUUACUCCUCCACUUGGACUGCAGAGUUUAUAACGGCGUAAAUCUGCAGUGCUCAUGACAGGAGAGAGCUAUACGAUAAGCUGCCUUUGGGUGAACGUGCUGCACUCCCUCAGCUCCAUCCCUUACCCUGCCUGUUACUCUUAAUCCUUUUGGUGAGUGGGAAGUUGCCUUGGUAAAUAAUUCAUGUUUGUGUGGUGCUUUGAAGAUGAAAUGCAAAGUGUGACCAGACCAAACCCGCUGGCAGGUGUAUGCAUUCUGAUAAGCGGGUUUAGGUUUAUUCUGUACAGUGAUGUAAAUAAUCUCUAACUUAUUUAUAUAUAUAUGUAUGUACAAGAAAGGGUGCAAGAUGCACAAACUCCAAAGCUCAUAGUAUUGUAUUUCUCAUAACUGAAAAAUGAGCGCAUAUUGCCUUAUUAGAAACAUAAACUAUUUAUCUACAAUAACGUGUAGCUUUCAAUACGAGUACUUUUCUAGUACCUAGAAAUUAGGCCCUCAUUUCCCCCCUGACUAAAGGCAGACUGUAGGCACUGCAUUUAUGGAGAAAUGAAUACCUCGGGCACAGAUUACUUUCAGUAAUCUUUUUUUCUACACUGAAGCCACUACAUUUACUUCUAUACCAUCAGAAGGCCUCACUCCCGUCACUGUAAAACCAUAAUAUUGGCAGUAAAGCACCUUGGCUUAAAAUUUCCUGAGGGCUGCAUAGAAACUGCCACCUCCUGUUAUCACAGUGUUUAUUCUGGGAAUGGUCUGGAGACAAAUGAGAAAAAUUAAUUAGCAGGCUGUUCACUGCCUUGGCGCUUGGCCUAGACGCUGUGCUGGUGGCAAUACAGCGAUACGAAGUUGCCUAGCUUCCGUGGGGAGAAAGGACAAGUGAAAAUCUAUUGCGCUGAGUUGAAAUCCCUUCUCCCAGCAACAUGUAAGCACACAGAAACACAAGAUUUGCUUGGGAAGCUUUUACUCUGUACUUGAAUUAAUGGAAAGUGCAAGGCAACAUGUAGGUAGCAAUGGUAAGAACUGGCAAGGAAGCAUUAUCCUCCUCAAAUAAUUAGUUUGGAGACUAUAAUUUUAGGUGCCUCUAAAAAGAAAUCAACUUCUGGAGGAGCGGGGUGUUUGAUUUUUUUUCCUGCAAAUUAGGCAUUCUUCAUAAAGGGUAGCUCAAAUUCUACCCCACUGCCUACAUACAAAUAACCCAGAAUGGAAAAGCGCAAUCCGUUUUCCUUCCUUUACCCACGUUACCCACCAGCUUUGAGAAACGAUUCUCCAGUUACUGACCAGCCUAUAAAAAUCAUGGUAGGCUGGAAGAAGAAUCUCCCAAUAAAAGGCCAAACCAGCAAAUCCCCACCUUUCCUCAUCCCCAAAUUUUCCCAGAAAAGGAAGGAAAGAAAAAAAAAAAAAAAAGAGAGAGAGAGAGAGAGAGAGAAAGGCCUUCUUUGUAGUUUCAGGGACCUCACCUGCCAAAGUGUUUGUCGAAACCAGGCCUUAGAAAAUAAAUAAAUUGGAAAAAAAAAAAAAAAACAGCAACAGCAAAAACUUUUAGUGACUUGAAAAACAGCCCCCCCCCCCCAGACAUUCUCUGUAUGCAGUAUUGUUCGCUCUAAUUUUUUUUUCCACUUGUCCACAGUGGUAAUAAACAGCUUUUUAAAGCGCUUUUAA